UGCCGAGUCAUAAGUAGGUGCCAGUGGAACGACAUCUCGUCUUUCCUUUCUUCUUCUUCUCGUCUUCUUCGAUUUCCUCUCUUCCCCUCUUGCGCUGCUGUGCUUGACAACCUCCAAUCCCCAUCUAAGACACAGGAAGAGCUCCAAGACAAGCUUUAAUAGCUUCAAAAAGCUUCACACCCACCACCACCACCCAUAAUGCACGCCCCAACCUCUCUCUUCCUCCUCUCCCUCCUCCCCUUCGCCCUCGCCGCCGACACCACCCUAGGCAUCUACGUCUUUCACCGCCACGGCGACCGCACCUCCAAAGCCUGGACACCCACCCACCUCACCGACCUAGGCUACACCCAAGUCCACGCCGCCGGGUCCUACUUCCGCACCAAAUACAUCACCGAUGCCACCACAGGCAUCUCGGGUAUCGCGCCCUCCCUAGUCAACCUCGCCCAGCUCGACGUCGAGGCCCCCGUCGACACCGUCCUCCAAGUCUCCGCACAGGGCUUCACCCAAGGUCUCUACCCCCCCGUCGGCCCGACGCUUAACACCCAGACCCUCGCCAACGGCACGAAGAUCGAAGCCCCCCUAGACGGCUACCAGCUCAUCCCCGUCAACCUCGUCACCUCGGCCUCCAAACCCACCGCCGACUCCGAGAACUCCCCCUGGCUCCAAGGCGCCAGCGGCUGCCCCGCCGCCCUGACCUCCUCAAACGAGUACCUCACCUCCGCCGAGUUCGUCGCGCUCGACAAGAAGACUCGCGCUUUCUACGCCGCGCUCGCCCCCGUCGUCGCUAGCACGUUCGACGCCGACUACCUCACCUUCAAGAACGCAUACUCCAUCUAUGACUACAUUAACGUCGCUACCAUCAACAACGCCACCAUCCCCUCUUCUAACCUCCUCACCAAGGAGGUCCUAAGCCAACUCCGCACCCUAGCCGACGCCCACGAAUUCGGCCUCGCCUUCAACGCCUCCUCCCCCAUCCGCGCCAUCAGCGGCGCUACCCUCGCGGCACAGGUGCUGGAGCACCUCAACGCCACGAUCGCAUCGAAGGGGAAGAAGAAGCUCGGGAUCCAAUUCGGCGCCUACGGAACCUUCCUCUCCUUCUUCGGCCUGGCUCAGCUACCGGCUGCGAACAACGAUUUCACCGGCGUCGUGGAUUAUGCUUCUUCCAUGACCUUUGAGAUGUUCACUUCCAAGACUGUUGCUGCGGGCUCCUUCCCGGCGGAGGAGGAUAUCAGCGUUCGCUUCAUGGCGAGCAAUGGAUCGGCUGCGUAUGUUGGGCAGACAGCCUACCCGCUGUUUGGACAGAAGGAGACCGUCCUCCCUUACAAGACCUUCGUGAGCGAGAUGGGCAAAUUCGCUAUUGGUGACCAGGAGACUUGGUGCAAGUCCUGCGGCAGGACCGAUGGGGCCUGCGCGGAGUUCUCUGCCUCCUCGUCGUCGACCGAUGCCGGUGCGGGUGCCUCGUCGAGCGAUGGGAAGAGUGGAAGCGGUGGACCGAUUUCUCUGCCUGUUGCGGGAGUCAUUGGAGCGCUGGUUACGUUGGCUGUUGUCCUUGGGCUGCAGGCGCUGGUGAUGGUUGCGGGUGGGUUGAGGGUGGUUAGUAAGAAGAGGCUUGGUGGGAGUGGUGGAGGUGGUGGUGGUGGGGAGACGAGCCAGGUGAAGGUUUAAGUGGUGGUUGUUGUGUUGUUUAAAAGGGGUGUGGGAGAGAGAUUUAAUUAAAUAUAUUGUCAUAUUGAGUUUGAUGCUGGA